AUGCUUGCUGCUCUUGCCACCUCCCCAACAACAGCGGAAUUUAAUGGAGGCGGUACUAUCGAAGAUGGAGAUUCUACAUAUAAAAUUCGCGAGACCCCCAUGGGAACGAAACGCAAACUCAAGGUCAUCUUCAUGGGCAUGGGUUGUAGCGGUAUCGACUUUGCUCGACAGCUAGGUCGAACAAUGGAAGAUGUGAAACUUAUUAUUUACGAGAAAAACGAGGACCUUGGCGGCACCUGGCUUGAAAAUAGAUACCCGGGCUGCGCAUGCGACAUUCCGAGCGUAUGCUAUCAGUACAGCUGGGCCCGAAAGCCCGACUGGUCACAGUACUAUUCGGCCUCGCCGGAAAUACACAAAUACUUCAAAGAUGUCGCAGUUGAGGCCGACGUAAUCAAGUACUGCAGUUUUAACCACAAGAUCAUUCGUGCCGAGUGGCUCUCAGGACCGGGCAAGUGGAAGAUAACAGUCAUGCGCAAUGGAAACCCGGACGAUACAUUUGACGACUAUGCCGACUUUUUUCUACAUGGGGGUGGCGUUCUCAACAAUUGGAGAUGGCCUCAGAUUGAGGGACUGCAUUCAUUCCGAGGGACUCUUGUCCACACGGCUCGUUGGCCAGAAUCUCUUGACCUCAGUGGGGAAAAGGUUCUUCAAAUUGGGAUUGGCAGCUCUGGUGUCCAGGUGACCCCUAAUAUUAUCGAAAAAGUUGAUCAACUCUAUGUAGUUGCUCGUUCACCCGUGUGGAUCACAGCAGGCUUUGCACCCACGUACGCCGGACCCAAUGGUGACAACUUUGCAUACUCGGAGGAAACCAUGGCAAAGUUUCGGGCCGACCCCAAUCUCUACCUAUCGUACUGCAAGGCAAUUGAAUCGGAACUGAACGUUCGCUUCAAGUUCCUGAUCAACGGCUCCGAGGAAGCGGAAACCUCCCGGGCUUACUCAACACAGGAGAUGCGGGCCAAGCUUGCCGCAAAGCCGCAUCUGAUGGACAAGAUUAUUCCAACAAAUUUUGGCGUUGGGUGCCGCCGACCUACUCCGGGGAAUGGAUUCCUUGAAGCGCUCUGCAGCGACAAGACCACGGUCCUCACAAACGAGAUUCAGAAAGUCACUGCCUCCGGAUUCGUUGACAGCGAGGGCAAAGCACAUGAAGUGGACACCAUCAUUUGUGCUACCGGCUUUGACACAAGUUUCAGGCCUGCCAUGCCCGUUAUUGUCGACGGUUGGAACCUUCAAGACCGAUUUGAUGGUGACACUAUCGGAUAUCUUGGGCUUUCAGUGCCUGAAGUACCUAACUAUUUCAUAUAUAUCGGUCCCUAUGGGCCUCUUGGACAUGGGUCUGUCGUUCCUAUGGUCGAGGCUUACACGAAAUACAUCAUCCAAGUGCUGCAGAAAGCACAAGUGGAAGAUAUAAAGAGCCUCCGUGUGAAUCGCGAGGUGGCAGAAGCCUUCACACGGCACGCAGACUUGUACUUGCAGCGCACAGCUUGGUCAGGGCCUUGCAGCUCGUGGUUCAAGAAUGGGCAGACGCACAGGAAACCACUUUGCUGGCCUGGCUCACGUGUACACUAUCUCACAAUAUUACAGAAGCCGCGUUUCGAAGAUUUCGACAUGGAGUACCAUUCCGGGAACAGAUUCAACUUCUUGGGGGAUGGGUUCGACACGCGCGAAUUUGACGGGCGUGAUUUGACUUGGUAUUAUGGUCUGAUAGAUGGCAAAGACGAACAGCCGAAGUCCUUCACCGGUCCUCAGUAUUGA